AUGAAGUUAAAAUUUUUCAAAGCUCCCAAGCAGUGAACUAAAGUUGAUAGGUUUGUGUGAACUUAUGCAGGCUUAUUUGAGCACAAAGAUUCAAAAAAGUUGCUUCGCUCCAACAAUAUUGGAAGACUAAUUGCAUCGAUCUUAUCUCACCCUGUCUCAUUAUUCGCAUCUUUUUGAUUGCCCUUUAAUAUUACGCUAUUUGGAAUGGAUGCCUGGCCGUUUAUAUGGAAAGUCCCAAUUAUAGCAUCAUCUUACUUAAUUCUAAAUGAAAGCGCAACAUUCAUUUACUUUUAUUCUCAAUACAGGGUUAAGAAAAAGAUGUAUGAUAAAUAUUAUCCGGCUAUGGAUUUAACCAAAGAACAAGUUGAGCAGCUAGAAGAAGAGGAAGAAAAAUUAAAAUUAGAAGACAAAUCAAAAUAA